AUGAGGUCCUCCAUCCUCUCCCUCCUCCUGGCGCUCUUCAUCGCCCUCGUCGCAGCACAAACCCCCACCGCAACAGAUACCACAGAAGCAACCACCUCAGUCGCAGCAGAGCAACCCUCCGGAACCCCAGAAGCCUCCGGAACCCCAACAACACCAACAUCCACCGCCGCAAAUUCCGGAGGCAACGCCGGCGGUGGCGGCACCACAACCGCAGCAAGCAGCAGCACCACAACCCCGCCAGCAGAUGUCUACCUCAAAGUCCCCGAGCUCUCCGUCGGCCGCAUCGAGCUCGACGUGGACAACCUCUCCGCCGAAGUAAACCUCGCCGCCGAGGUCGCCAAGCUCGUGACCAUCAACGCGGGCGUGCAAGUCGGCAUCGAAAAGGUGAACAUCACCAUCGUCGACGUCGAAGCCGAGUUGGAGCUCGUGAUUCGCCUCGGUAACCUCGUCGAUAUCGUCAACCGCACGCUCGCGUCGCUGGAUCUGAACCCGCUGCUCAUCAACCUCCUCGACACCGUCGGUGAUGUCGUUGAUGAUGUCAUUGGUGCUGUGGAUGGCUUGCUCGGGUCCAUUGUCAACGGUGACUCCAAGAUUAACUUCUUGAUUGAUAACUUGGGAAAUAUCGUGCAAGAGGUCACUAACGCGGGCACGUCCGCCCUUAGCUCUAUCAUCGGAAACUACCAGCAGAACAUGACGUUCACUGGUUCCCAGCAGGACCUCGGCAAUGGGUUGACGCAGAAGACGUACUCGUAUGAGCCGCUUAGUGCGUUGGUGAAUAUCGUGGUCAACACGCUGGGCCAGGUGGUGAGGGCUACUGUGGUUAAGGGCGGCUCAUCGGGGAGCGGGAGCUCCUCGGCGAGUGGGACGACGGUCGCGGCGACGACUGCUGCUGCCACGACUGCGGCUCCGGUGACGACAACGGCUGCUGCUAGCACGUGA